CCAAAUUCGGCUCCGAAAAUAAGGUACGAGAUAUUUUGAGCGUUUUAUUAUGGAUAAAUCAUCAUCGGACACCAUGAUUGCGCUCACUUCCACAAAUUACAAUAUGUGGAAGCCUCGGAUGGAGGAUUUGCUAAAUUUGAGGGAUUUAGCUGAUCCUCUUGAUAAUAAUGGCGUGAAACCGGAUAAAAAGACGGAUGAAGAAUGGACAAAAAUGAAUAGAAAAACUGUCGCACAAAUUCGGCAGUGGAUCGAUCAUAGUGUGUUCCACCAUGUUGCGCAAGAACAAAGUGCUUACACACUAUGGGAGAAGCUUGGUAGCAUGUAUCAAGCAAAAACCGCCCGAAAUAAGACAUUACUAAUGAGGAGAUUAGUAAACCACAAGUUACGAGGAGGUAUUUCGGUGUCAGAACACACCAGUCAAUUCCAGGAUCUUGUGAAUCAGUUGAGCACCACCGGAUGGGUUCUCAAAGAUGAAGAGCAGGCGAUACUACUCUUGAGCUCUCUACCUGACAGCUGGGAGACUCUUGUUGUCACUCUCAGCAAUUCUGCUCCCAAUGGCAAAGUGACUAUGCAGAUGGUCACAGAUGCCCUUAUGAACGAAGAAGCCCGAAGAAAAGAAGCCGGGACUGAACAAUCAUAUGCCUUCGUGUCAGAAACCAGCAGACGAGGGGGAGGCAGAAAUGGAGGAAGAAGUCGAGGUCGAGGUAGAGGCCAAGGUCAAAACAGAGGAAACUCUCAAGUUCGUGGCAGAUCACAAGAGAGAGGUAUGUCCUAUGAAAACAAUAAUUGGUUUGAAGGAUAUUGCAAUUAUUGUAGUAAUUAUGGGCACAGAAAAAGAGAUUGUAGAAAGUUUCUACGAGAGCAGCCACAAACGAGUCAAAAUACUAGCCAAGAAGAUGGUGAGACCAUGGUUAGUUUGUCAUCAGACGUGUGUCUUGUUACACAUGGUGAACAAGAAUGUUUACACGUAGGUACUCAUGAUGUUGAGUGGGUGAUUGAUACAGCUGCAUCAUUUCACGCCACUCCACACCAGAAUUUAUUCACAUCUUAUAAGUCCGGGGACUUUGGAGCUGUGAAGAUGGGAAACACCAGUUUCUCGAAGAUUGUUGGCAUUGGUGAUGUGCACAUAACAACCAAUGUCGGAUGCGCACUUGUGUUGAAAGAUGUUCGACAUGUUCCGGAUCUUAGAUUGAAUCUUAUCUCUGGUACAGCUCUGGAUCAGCAAGGAUAUCUUAACCGAUUCAAAGAAGGUACGUGGAAGUUAUCUAAAGGUUCCUUGGUUGUUGCAAGAGGCCAUAUUUGUGGUACUCUUUAUAAAACUCAUGCAAAGUUGUGUCAUCCAAGUCUUAAUGCUGUUGAAGAAGAGAUAUCACCAACCUUGUGGCACCGAAGGCUAGGCCACUUGAGCGUGAAGGGAUUGACAACUCUUGCAAAGAAGGAAGUCAUUUCCAUGGGCAAAGGUGUUGCCCUAGAUCCAUGCGAGCACUGUCUAUUCGGGAAACAACAUAAGGUUUCCUUCAGUUCUACCAGGAAGAACCAUUCAGAGUUACUCAGUCUUGUACACUCUGAUGUAUGCGGACCCAUUGAAGAGGAGUCACUUGGAGGAAGCAGAUAUUUCGUGACAUUCAUUGAUGAUGCAUCACGAAAGGUAUGGGCUUAUUGUUUGAAGAGUAAGGAUCAAGUGUUUGAUCGCUUUAAAUUAUUUCAUGCCAUGGUAGAAAGAGAAACAGGGAAGAAGCUGAAGUGCCUGCGUUCAGACAAUGGAGGAGAGUACACUUCUCGGGAGUUCUCAGCAUAUUGCGCGGCAUAUGGAAUCAGACAUGAGAAGACGGUUCCACGAACUCCACAGCACAAUGGUGUAGCCGAAAGAAUGAAUCGGACCAUUAUGGAGAAAGUUCGCUGCAUGCUGAGUAUGGCUAAACUACCUAAGCCAUUCUGGGGUGAAGCUUUGCUGACAGCUUGUUAUCUUAUAAACAGGUCACCUUCUGUUCCUUUAAACUUUGAAGUGCCAGAGAAGAAAUGGUCAAGAAGAGAUGUUUCUUACUCUCACUUAAAAGUGUUCGGGUGCAAGGCAUUUGCACAUGUGUCCAAGGAGUUGAGACAGAAGCUGGAUCUCAAGUCAAACCCAUGCAUCUUCAUCGGGUAUGGUGAUGAAGAAUUCGGAUACCGGUUGUGGGAUCCCGAAGUGAAGAAAGUUGUACGAAGCAAAGAUGUUGUAUUUCAUGAAAACGAGUUUCAUGGGUGUGUUCCAAUAAUCCGCCAACAACAUACUCCAGAAGACGAAGUGCCUGUAUCAUCAAACAUUCCUCUCAGCGACGAGGAGAUGCAUGAUACUACUGAACAAGAGAGUGAUGGUUCAGUAGGUGAUGAUGAUACUCACAGUGAUGAUAUUCCUCAGCAGGGGGAGCCUUCAUCUGAAGACGAAGCUGAAGGUAUUCAUGUUCGACGUUCUAUGCGAGGCAUAGUUCCACAGAGAAAGUAUUCCACAUCCGAAUGGAUACUUGUUAGCGAGGGGGAGCCUGCGAG